AUGGGGGGCGAUAGUUACCGUCGACACAAUAAAAGUAAAACGAAGAAGAGUCGCCGCCACACGAGUAUUACGAAUAAAUACGGAGAACGAAAGAGUAAGCAUCGCUCGAGUCGGAGACAUCAGAGUCGUUCGAGUUCGAGGCAUCGGAGUCGUUCGAGCUUGGGACAUCGGAGUCGUUCGAGUUCGGAACAUGAGAGUCGUUCGAGUUUGAGGUAUUCGAGAUCGCCGUGUAGUCGUGCAGGGCUGACACCGCGCAGGUCACAUGACCGUGACCGUGAACGUCGCCACCACCACCAGAGUGUGUCGCCCGAAGAUAACAAUGUGAGUCGUUCCAAUGUUAAAGACACUCAAUCCCUGUUAACUGAAUUGAUUAAAUCAAUAUCCAAUAGUCGUCCUGAGGGAAAUAAAUUCCCGAUGCUAGGGAAUGUAAUACCAGAGUUUGAUCCCAUGUCAAAACACCAAACGGUUGAGAUGUGGCUUAACAAGGUGGAAGAAUGUGCUCAGUUAUAUAAAUGGGGAGAAGAUCAGAUUAUCCAUUACUCUCUCCCUAAACUUAGUGGUGUAGCCAGGACAUGGUAUCAGACUCUGCCAUCAAUGUCGUUUUCGUGGACCGAGUGGAAAAACAAAUUAAGGGAGUCUUUCCCAUCCACUGAUGACUAUGCAGAACUCCUUAACGAUAUGUUGUCCAAAAAGGUUAAAUUUAAUGAUUCAUUAGAAUUAUAUUUCUAUGAAAAACUUAACCUUCUUAACAGAUGUGAAAUAUAUGGCAAAAGGGCAGUCGACUGCCUAUUAUAUGGAAUAGAAGACCGUAGUUUGAGAUUAGGUGCUAAAGCAGUUAAAUGUGAAGAACCGGAACAAGUAUUGAAAUAUUUCCAAUCAAUAACACAGCAAUCCCGAGAGUCAGAUACAAAGAUUAGGUAUAUUGAUAAAAGAAAUAAUACAUUGUUUAGCAUGUCAAAUAAACAAAAUAAUAAUAUGUUAAACUCAAAACCAAUAAGAUUUACUGAAGCAAGUAAGAUUGUUAAAUGUUACAAUUGCAAUGAGACCGGACAUUAUAGCUAUAAUUGUACAAAGAAAGUUAUUAAGUGUAGUAAUUGUAAUAGAUUCGGACAUUUAGCCAAUAGUUGUUCAAAAUCGUCUGCUAAUGAUGCAUCAAAAAUAGAAAGAAACACGGAAAAGUCAGUCAUGGCAUUAUCUACAACUACACGCGAAAAUUAUGACAAAUAUUACAUUACCCUGAAAGUAAAUGAUCGGCCCUUACGUGGGUACAUUGACUUAGGCAGUCAAUGUACAUUGUUACGCCGUAGUGUUGCAGAAAAUUUAAAUAUUCAUUGGUCCUCAGAGCAACCACUACCUACAAUGCGCGGUAUAGGCAAUCAUGUUGUUUUGCCACUGGGCAAAGCAGCUAUAAAUGUCGAGAUUCAGGGUAUUAGACAAUCAGUUGACAGUUAUAUAGUUGAGGAUAAUGUUAUUAAAUAUGACAUAUUAAUUGGCCAUAGCUUUACUGAAUCUCCCGGCAUUACCAUUACUAAAACCACAGAUGAUUUGAUUUUUGGACGGUCUCUACCAAUAAAAUUAAGACUUAAUCUUUUAAAUGACAUUUUCAUCCCUCCAAGUGAGUCAUGCGUGGUAAAGGUAAAUGGUGAUGUUAGUUAUUCAGGCACAAUACAUGUUAACGGUUCUCUACGUGGGUGUCCUGGUGAAGAAUACUAUCUGAUGCCUGGUGAAUAUGAUCUAGUGAAUGGAGCUGGUGCAUUAUUAAUACAAAACAUAUCAAAUCAUAAAUUAUUGUUAAGACAGGGAUCUUUAAUAACCCGUGCGUUAUGUACGAAGUCUAUACUAAAUGUAAACUUGUUGGAUUUUAAUGAUGCAAAUAUUAGUAAUUCAAUAAAUUAUGACAACAAAUUAUCCAGUGAAGAAAUAUUUCAGCUUAAAAAUAUAUUACAAAAGUACAAACAAUGUUUUUCUUGUAAUAUGAUGGAUUUAGGUUAUACCAACAUUGAAAAAAUGGAAAUUGAAUUGAUUGAUACAAAACCUGUGGUUUACAGACCAUAUAGAUUAUCUUACCCCGAAAGAGAAUUAGUGAAAUCUAUGGUACAGGAAAUGCUCGCUGCAGAUAUUAUAUGUGAAUCCAACUCAGCAUAUGCCAGCCCAGUUCUCCUCGUUAAGAAGAAGACUGGAGACAAAAGACUUUGUAUUGACUAUCGUGCACUGAACAGAAAAACCAAAAAGGAGCAUUUUCCCCUACCACUGAUUGAUGAUCAACUAGAUCGAUUAGCUGGUCAUUCAUUAUUCAUUAGCUUAGAUUUAGCAUCAGGUUAUUAUCAAUUAGCGGUCGGAGAAAGUUCCCAGGAUAAAACGGCAUUUGUUACUCCGGAUGGCCAAUAUCAAUUUAAGAGAAUGCCUUUCGGUUUAGCAAAUGCGCCGUCUGUCUUUCAAAGAACCAUGAACAAAAUACUUGCUAAAUUAGAUUAUAUCAUUAUUUACAUGGACGAUAUUUUAAUCCCAGCGCGCACUUUCAAUGAAGGUUUAAAAAGACUAGAUGAAGUUUUGAGUAUCUUCCGUGGUGCAAAUCUUACUCUUAAGUUAGAAAAAUGUUUCUUCUUUUAUACACAGAUAGAUUUCUUAGGCUUUGAGGUAAGCGGAUCUGGUAUAAGACCCGGUUCUCGUAAAAUAACUGCAGUAUCAAACUUCCCGACUCCAAACAAUGUUCAUGACGUUAGGCGCUUUAUAGGGUUAACCAGUUUUUUCCGACGUUUCGUAAAGGAUUUUUCUCUAAUUGCACGUCCGUUAACCGAUCUGUUAAGGAAACGGGUUACAUGGAGAUGGUCUGAAGAACAAAUGACAGCAUUUGAAACCCUGAAACAGAAAUUAGUCGAGAGACCAUUACUCGCAUUAUACGAUUCCAAAUUAGAAACCGAAUUACACACAGAUGCGUCAAAACACGGUAUUGCGGGUAUUCUAAUGCAACGUAACAGAGACGGGACGUUAAAUCCUGUAGCAUAUUACAGCCGCAAAACAUCGGCGGAUGAACAAAAGCUUCACUCUUUUGAUUUAGAGACACUAGCUGUCAUAGCAUCAUUAAACAGAUUUCGUGUCUAUCUAUUAGGACUAAAGUUUAAAAUAGUAACGGAUUGCAAUGCACUAAGAACUACCAUGACAAAGAGGGACCUCAUCCCUAGAAUAGGUCGGUGGUGGGUGCAGUUCCAGGAGUAUGACUGUGAAAUAGAAUACAGAGCAGGUGCAAAAAUGUCACAUGUUGAUGCACUCAGUCGUGCCCCUGUAGAUGAACCCGCUACUUUUGACUCUACACACGUUAUUGAUGUACUCAAUGUAGAAGCGAAAGACUGGAUCGCUACUGUCCAGAGUGAUGACGAUGAGAUUAAAAGAAUCAAGGAAAUUUUAGCGGGGUAA